AUGGCGAGGCUGCGGGAUUGCUUCCCCCGCCUGAUGGUCACGAUCCGGUCCCUGCUCUUCUGGUCCCUGGUCUACUGCUACUGCGGGCUCUGCGCUUCCGUCUACCUGCUCAAACUUUUGUGGAGCAUCGGCAAGGGACCCACGCAGACCUUCCGGAGGGUCGCCCGGGAACACCCUCCAGCGUGCUUGAACGACCCCUCUUUGGGUACCCACUGCUACGUGCGGAUCAAGGAUUCGGGGUUAAGAUUUCAUUAUGUUGCCGCUGGAGAAAGAGGCAAACCACUGAUGCUGCUGCUUCAUGGAUUUCCAGAAUUCUGGUAUUCUUGGCGUCACCAACUAAGGGAAUUUAAAAGUGAAUAUAGAGUUGUAGCGUUGGACUUGAGAGGCUAUGGAGAAACAGAUGCUCCCAUUCAUCGAGAGAAUUAUAAAUUGGACUGUCUAAUUACAGAUAUAAAGGAUAUUUUAGACUCUUUAGGGUAUAGCAAAUGUGUUCUUAUUGGCCAUGACUGGGGAGGCAUGAUUGCUUGGCUAAUUGCCAUCUGUUAUCCUGAAAUGGUGAUGAAGCUUAUUGUUAUUAACUUCCCUCAUCCAAAUGUAUUUACAGAAUAUAUUUUACGACACCCUGCCCAGCUGUUCAAAUCCAGCUAUUAUUAUUUCUUCCAAAUACCAUGGUUCCCAGAAUUUAUGUUUUCCAUAAAUGAUUUCAAGGCUUUGAAACAUCUGUUUACUAGUCACAGCACUGGCAUUGGAAGAAAAGGAUGUCGAUUAACAGCAGAAGAUCUUGAAGCUUAUAUUUAUGUUUUUUCUCAACCUGGAGCAUUAAAUGGUCCAAUCAACCAUUACCGAAACAUCUUCAGCUGCCUGCCUCUCAAGCAUCACAUGGUGAUCACUCCAACACUACUACUGUGGGGAGAGAAAGACGCAUUUAUGGAGGCGGAGAUGGCUGAAGGCACGAAGAUUUACGUUAAGAACUAUUUCAGGCUAACUAUUUUGUCAGAGGCCAGUCACGGGCUCCAGCAAGAACAACCUGACAUAGUGAACAAAUUGAUAUGGACAUUUCUAAAAGAAGAAACAAGGAGAAAAGACUGGCUUUUUCUGUGACGAGUCUAUAAUGAAAUCUCUAAAUAAUUUUUUUAAAUUGUUCAUCAACUUCUUUAAGCUUCAUUAGGAAAAAUUGUUUUAAUAUGCUUUAUCAUAAAUAAAUAUCCUGACAAAUGACAUCAAGAAAAAUCUGAGAACAUGUGAACUUGUAACAUAAUGUUGGUUUUUUUCUUGUUGUAUUUUGCCCAGAAAAGCAUCUGCCUUAAAAUGUACACACUUGUACAAAAAGGAAGUUGGAGAAAGUGGUUCAGUUUUGGUUUUUCGUGUUAUUUACCCUGUUAAU